AUGACUCAUGCAACUGCCGCUGUUGAAAGCUCUGCUGUUGAAGCAACCACCGGCCAAGAGAUACCCAGCCGCGUCUGCGAUAACGACAUUAAUCCAAUCGACUAUUGGAUUCAGCGAGGUUAUUGGCCCAAAAAAUAUUUCAGGCAGGAGGGGCAACAGGGAAUUUCUGUUUGCAAGGGGAGAAGUCGACAUCUUCUUUUUACUGCGAGCAAUAGGAAUCUGGCUCGGUCUCCAGCUCCUCCACACCUAGUGAUCAAACGCCAAGGGACGAAAAAAGUGCUCUUAUACGGAAAUCCGCUUUAUCAAACCAUUCUUGAAUCAAAAGGCAGCUUGAUGAAAGAGGCACGCGGUGGAAUUACAGACGAAAGUAGCACUCUUAUCGAAUCCUCGCUUGCUAUGGCCCCGACAGUCCCUGAGAAUUCAUUAUUUCGAGAUGACUUAUCCGACACGACCUGCGAGAAGGUCCAACGUGGGAACGAAGCUAGAGUAAUUCGGGAUAUUGGACUAUUGAUUGUCCCAUCUGCAGCUAUUCUAGAUACGCGGUCCGCAUUCACAGAUGAUCAACUUGAGAAGCUGAAGCCUUUUAUAGACGGCCGGGUGGCGCUUGAUAUCGCAGACCGACAGAAUGCCUAUAGCAUGACUCUUGCACAGUCAGGAUAUAGUCAUUACGCUGUUCUUGAAGAUGACAAGACUACUCUCUACCGCCACCCGAUUCGCAAGUUUGAUUUCACGGAAUAA